AUGCGCCUCUUCGCACUCAAGGUACCUCCCACAGUACCGGAAGACACCUUUGACAGGCUCCUCCACCACAUCCCCGAGACGGCACACGCCCGCGUCCGCAAGUUUCGCCACGAGGCCGACGCCAUCCUCGACCUUUUAGGAUCACUGGCCGGCCGCCUCCUGCCGACAUGGUACCUGCGCGAAUCGGGACUCGUCCCACCACCCACUCACCCGCAGUUCAAACACAAGUCACGAGGCAAGCCGUACCUGUCGUCGCCGGUGCUCGCGCGUGCACUCGACUUUAACACCUCGCACGAGGGCGCAUAUGUCCUCCUUGCAGUCGUCGAGGGAGAUGGAGAUGGAUCCGGCCCCGAGGUCGAUGUCGGCGUUGACGUCAUGGACCUCCCGACAGACCCGGACGAGCUGUACGAUUCCAUCUCGUACCAGCUUACACUGCCGGAACGCCUCGCUGUCGCUGGAACCUCUGGAAAAGUAAAAGCCAAGCUCCUGACUACACUGUGGACGAUCAAGGAAGGGUUCACAAAGGCCACGGGGGACGGUAUCUCGUUUGGACUCGACCGCAUAGAGGUCGACAUGGGCGACGGAGCCGUGGCAGGCGUCAAAGUCGACGGCAAAGAUAUUCGACAAGAAGGGUGGACGUGGGCUGUGGGCAGCAUCGAUGGCGGUGAUUAUGGGUGGGCAGUCAUUUGGCGUGGCGAGGCCACACGACCUGCUGGGCCCGUGGUGCUCGAGACCAUUCGGUGGGACGACUUUGUCAAGGCGUUCAUUGGGUCGCCGUCACACAACAUUGCGUAG